AUGUCCUCUACCACUGGCGAGGAGAACCACCAUGAGCCAAUCAUUCCAACACCUUCUCCUGCAAAAGAAAUCGAUCCAUUGCAACGCAUUAGAACAGCAGGAAAUGUUUCAAUCCCACCGGAACUGUUCGAACAGUUGUACCUUUCCCCUCACAAUCGAGUCAAAGGCGAAUUGCGACAGACCUUCGGAAACCCUACUCCAAUCGCUUUGGGUGGCUUCCUGAUCUGUGCUACACCGUUCUCGAUGGUGGCGUUGGGCUGGGACGGUGCAGGUGGUCUUGACGCUGCAAAUGUUGGUUCUCUUGUAUUUAUGGGAGGUCUUCUAUUGAUAUUAGGAGCCGUCGGGGAAUGGAUUUUAGGCAACACUUAUCCUGCCACAGUAUUUGCAAUAUUCGGGGGAUUCUGGUUUUCCUUCGGCGCUACCUUGCAACCUAGCUUCAACGCGUACGGCGCCUACUCUCCAGAUCCUUCAGAUCUGGCCAAGGGCAUGAACGCCGGGUUCUUUGCCACGUUUGCGUUUUUCAUGGUGGCAAUCUUGAUUGUCCUCACAGUACUCGGCAUCGCAAGCAUCCGAACAAAUGUGAGCUUGUUCUCGUUGUUCAUUGUCUUCAUUCCUGCGGUUGGCUGCCUAACUGCAUCUUUCUUCGCUAUCGCUCGCGGUGACGCUGUCUACGCCACAAAACUUCAGCAUGUCGGUGCAGGUCUGCUGCUGGCUGCGAGUUUGAUUGGAUUCUACAUAUUCAUCGCCCUAGUACUUGCUUCAGUCGACUUUCCUAUUACAAUCCCCCUUGGGGAUUUAUCUACAGUUAUCAAAGGGGCAAAUGAAAGGGCAAGAAAAAGGGGCAAGGCUGAAAUGGUUUAA